ACUCCAUCAAUUGAUUAUACAAAGACCUAAUAAAACAUGACAGAAAAGAAAAUCGGCAUUUUUCCUGCAUCAGGCAGCCUCGGCGGCAGCACCGUCAAGCAUCUGGCCUCGCUCAUCCCGGCAUCCAGCUUGAUUCUGAUUGCACGCAAACCUGAUACUCUGGCCGAGUGUAGUCGACAAGGUGCCGUAGUUCGACGCGCGGAUUACGAUGAAGACAGUUCACUGAAUCGCGUGUUUGAUGGUGUUGGAGUUUUGUUUUUGAUUUCGUAUGCUUCGUGUGAACAUGAGCAUCGUUCAAAGGCACACCGAAAAGCAAUCGACGCCGCUCUACGCAGCGGCGUAAAACAUAUCUUUUACUCCUCUCUCGCCUUUGCCGGAAACCUCACCAAAUCCUCCGAUGCACUAGUUAUGCGCGCCCAUCUCGAUACAGAGGCAUAUCUGGAAGAGUUGGGUCGUACCAAUGCACCAGAUUUCACCUAUACCAUCAUCCGCGAAGGUUUAUAUCAUGAAUCAUUCCCGAUAUAUACAUCCUUCUUCCAUCCUCAGGAAGUCAUCGAUGCUGUUACAGAUGACAACAUGAAGCGCCGACACCACGGCGGACCCAACGACCGCGGCGAAAUCCACGUUAAAAUUCCCCACGACGGCUCUGGACCGGGCGUUGCAUGGGCAAAACGGGACGAAUUGGGUGAGGCAACUGCCAAACUCAUCAAUUUAUACAUGCACAAUCCUUCCGGGUUCCCAUAUACGAACAGUACACUACUCCUCUCUGGCCCAAAAGCGCUUACACUAAAUGAAGUGAUUUCCAUAUUGGAAAAAUUGAUACGCGAAAGAACGAAUAGUGACAUUCGUAUCAAGAUUAAACAAGUUUCAGUUGAUGAGUAUGCAAGUCAACCGCAUGUUCCGCCAUUGUCGACGUAUCAUGGUGUUGAUCUCAGUCGGGAAUGGGCUACGGCUUGGGAGGCUAUCAGAAAAGGGGAAUGUGCGGUUGUGACGCCUGUGUUAAAGGAACUUUUGGGGAGGGAGCCGGAGGAUUUUGAGACGACGGUUAGGAACGAUUUGAGUAGGCAGUAUGCUUCAUAGACACUCAAUACGGUUCUGUACAAGUGUUUCUACUUCAUGAACGAGCUUAUUUAAUAGCUGCCAACGCUACGGUA